AUGGAGUCACCUACACUUGCACCGAAUCCUCCGGUACAGGAUCAUACGACAACCUCAACGGGGACCACCGCCUCUCCCAGUCUCACGUUCAAAGGCGACCUCAUCAUUCUGCCAAACCCUCUAGCCCGCAUCAGCCCUACGUGUGCAUCAAUCGCGGACCCAAGCCAACACACCCUCCACCUCUUCGCCGACGCCUCGUUCCCCGGACACAACUGGCACAAGGGCCCCUCGACGCCGUCCGCGCCAGCAGGCGCCGCCGUCUUCUGGAAGCCGUGGCCGUGUAUAGACCCCGCCGACCCGUGGCACUCCCGCGCAUUCCAGAUCCUCGCAUGCCACAACCCCUGCCAAGCAGAACUCUUCGCCGUCGUCGCGGCGCUCGAGACGGCGACGCUGCUGGCCCACCUGAUGCCGGACCUGAGAUGGGUGACGGUCUUUUCCGACUGUCAAGACGUCAUGAACACGCUCGCCGCAGCGGAGGGUUCGUACCCCAGCGCCUUGGACCCCCUCGUCAAACGCGCCUUUGAGGCGUGCGGCUCUCUGCGGGAUAAGAGGAAUAUCGGGGUCGCUGUGUGCUGGUGUCCCGGCCACGUCGGUAUCCUUGGCAACGAAAAGGCCGACGAGCUCUCCAAGGAAACCCGACGGUACAACUUUAGGCAUUUGGUCCCGGAAGAGCAGCCCACGCGCGUGAGCGGGUAUGAGAUUCCGUCCAAGUAUCUCGAGAGGGCGCGCCGCGGGCACUGGUGGAAGGAUGAGGCUGACUUUGAGUGGACGGCGAAUAUGCCUCGCAAGCGGUUUUAUCCGGUGGCUGCCAGUAGAGAGUGCGACGAGGAGGCCUGCGAAGAGGCAGACGACGAAGAGGCAUCUGAUGAAGCUUACGAAGAUGAGGACUACGACGACGAAACUUGCGAUGCUGAAAACUACGAUUAUGAAAACUACGAUUACGAAGAAUACGAUUAUGACGCCGACGACGAGUUCUCCGACGGCGAGACAUCUUCACGCACGCUCUCGCUGUGCAGCUACUCGUCAGCCACGCAAAGCCAAACAAGAAAGCGCAAGCAUUCGGCGCCAGGCCUACUAGAGUAUCCCUGCAAGAAACAAAGGACAGGCCGACCCGAGCACGGCACCAAGCAGUCGAGGACACUGGAAGGGACUCGAACUCCAGUCUGA